CUUCAAGUAUAGAGAUCGACACUUAUGUUGGAUAAGAUAACGUACCGUCAGUCUCUCCCAGAGUGGAGCUCUCCUCUGUGCUGUCCUCGGCGGUCGAGCAAGUGAGCGAGACAGAGAGUAGAGCGCUCAAAUGGCUAUCUCGUCAAUAUCCGCAAACCUUAGCUUUCCUUCAUUGCCCAACUCCACCAUUUCUACCAAAUCGAAAGCGGUAGCUUUUUCUUUACCUUCAAAUUUUCUGAAGCUACAAAUCCUAAAGGUUACCCGUCCUUCAAGGGUUUUCGCCGCACCAGAGGUUCUUGAGUCUGAAGAAACCCUAGAACCACCUCCAGAAAUUAUCGAUGGACCUAAUUCAGACACCAUUGAGGUUGGGCAAUCUGAGAAUCUCGAUUCUUUUCCACUCGCCAUGGGUGCCGAUGUCGAUAAGAUGGCGCCAAAGCAAAAGAUUAGAAUAAAACUAAGGUCUUACUGGGUGCCGCUGAUAGAGGACUCAUGCAAACAGAUAAUGGAUGCUGCAAGAACAACCAAUGCGAGGACCAUGGGGCCUGUGCCUCUGCCAACUAAGAAGAGAAUCUAUUGUGUUCUCAAGUCCCCUCAUGUUAACAAAGAUGCAAGGUUUCAUUUUGAGAUUCGGACCCAUCAGCGCCUCAUUGAUAUUCUCUACCCAACUGCCCAAACAAUAGAUUCUCUGAUGCAGCUUGACCUCCCAGCCGGUGUUGAUGUAGAGGUCAAACUAUGAUCAAAUGUACCAGAUGCUCAGUAAAACUCACCAUUUCUGUCUUCAGUCAACACCUUCUUACUACUAUCUUUCCUAAAAUUGUAGCUUGUACCUUUCCUGUCAAGCAACAGUUGUGGGAGAAAGAUAGAUUGCUGCAAUUUUUUUCGUGUUUCAGUCUGACCUCUCUGUAUGAACGUUUCAUGUUCAUAUCGCACUGCAACAUGAAGACAAGAACACUUAUUUCCCUUCUAGAUUUUGUUUUCAUGUCUUUAAAAUUUUAGUAUCAUCUUUCAAUUGUUAUUUCCAUUCAACAAAUUGUAUGGCAUAUAUUAUGUUAGACUCCAA